CGCAGACGGACUGAAGCAACAUGACAGCAGCGGGUGAAAACAUGAGUGUGAAUGUGGCUGAAGAUGAAAACAUGAGUGUGCGCGUGUCUAAAGGAGCAGAAAGUGACGAAGAGGUCAAACUACAGGUGCUAAAAGGUGCAGCGUUCCUGACCACGGUGGCGUCAGUGGGGAUGAUCGCAGGAUUUGGAUCCACUUUGGCGCUGGCCAAGAAGAAAAGCCCAGGCUGGUUCAGUAAGGGAGUUGCAGGAACGGCGGCGGCCCCCGAGAGCGGAGCGUCUCUGGCCCUCAGAGCUCUGGGGUGGGGCUCUCUGUACGCCUGGUGUGGAGUCGGCCUGCUCAGUUUCACGGUGUGGAAAGUCCUCGGCGUUCACAGCUUGUCAGAGUUCAGACAGAAGAUGCAGUCCUUCUUCCCGUCCAUCCCAAAGACCCCCGAGGCUGCAGCUGGACCUGAACCUCUGGACUGGGACUCGGUCUUCAAGUCAAAGUGACCUGCAGCUGGACCUGAACCUCUGGACUGGGACUCUGUCUUCAUGUCAAAGUCCUGCAGCUGGAGGACGAAUCAGUGAGAGGACACAGAGACUGAAACAAUCGCUGACGUGUUCCUGAAGAGACUGAGCAGAGACUGGAGAAUCCUCCGGACCAGUUUGUUCCCAGUCUGGUUCCCAGUCUGGUUACCAGUCUGGUUCCCAGUCUGGUUCCCAGCAGCCCUCCUGGGUGAAGAUGGUUGUGUAUAUUUGUAAAGACGUGCGUUUGAUUUUGUGUCUUGGUUUGUUUUAUUUAUGAACUUUGUGUGAAGAAAAUAAAUGAGACAUUAAUUUAAGAGCAGC